CAUAGUAGGGUUCGUAACGUCGCUCCAGGGAGGAGUGAGUGCUACGUGAUGUGGCGCUGCGCGCUUCCUGUCUGCGUAGAGCCGAGAGAUCCCCAUCUACCCCUGGAGUUCACUGCAGCGUCUGUCCCCGGAGUCGGACGGUCAAAACCUCACAGAUUACACCAUCAUGGCUGUGAACCUGAGCAAAAACGGCCCUGCCUUAACCGCGGCCUAUAACGAGGUGGUGGAUGAGAAGUCAGGGACUAACUGGGCUCUCUUCACCUAUGAGGGCAACACCAAUGACAUCAGGCUGGCAGAGAAAGGAGAUGGUGGUCUGGAGGAGUUGGUUGAGGAGCUGAACAGCGGGAAGGUGAUGUACGCUUUUUGCCGAGUUCAAGACCCCAACUCUGGCCUUCCCAAAUACGUCCUCAUCAACUGGACUGGUGAGGGCGUGAAAGAUGCCAGAAAAGGCCAGUGUGCGAACCAUGUGAGCUCUAUGGCUAACUUUCUUAAGGGAGCUCACGUGACGAUAAACGCACGAGCGGAGGAGGACGUGGAGCCUGACGCCAUCAUGCAGAAAGUGGCUAAAGCCUCAGGAGCCAACUACAGCUUUCACAAAGAGUCCAAUCGCUUCAGAGACGCUGGGCCGCAGGGGCCUGUGGGAUCUGUUUACCAGAAGACUAACGCCAUGUCUGAAAUCAAGAGAACCAACAAAGACACUUUCUGGGCCCAAGCAGAGAAAGACGAGGAGAAGCGUCUCCAGGAGGAGAGGAGAAGGGCAGCGGAUGAGAGGCAGAAGCUGGAGAGAGAGAGGAAGGACCGAGAGGUCAAAGAGGCGGAGUUACGGGACAAGAAAGCCAAAGAGAGAGCGUCACAGAUCGAUGAACAGAAAAAGUACCAGCAGCAGCAGGAGGUGGAUAAUCGAGGCCAGCAGAAACAGCAGUGGGAGGAGGAAGAGGAGGAGAGGAAGCAGGCAACACAGCAGAAACCCUUUAAACGUGGAGAGUCGGUGGAAAAAGCCAACGAAGCUGCGGCUCUCGUUUCCCAGCGCUCCGUUAAUCCCAGAGAAAUGUUCAAACAGAGAGAGAUGGGAAUCAACACUUCUAAUAAAGACAACUCUCAAUACAGUCCAAAACCAGGGCGGUUGAACAGCCCUUUUCUGUCCAAGCAGUCAUGUGACCCAGAGCCAUUUCGCUCUCCUGUGCGUCAGGCCUCGCCUUUACGAGCCAGAGAGGCCAGUUUUGAGGAACAACCCAGAUCUCAGUAUGUGGAACCAGAGGCAGAAGCUGAGCCAGAGUAUGAAGAUGUAGAAGUGGUCAGUAAUGAUUAUGAAGAACCGGUGGAACUAAAGCAGCCACAAUAUGAGGCAGUAGUGGAACCAGACGCCAUCUAUGAGGAACCACCGCAGGUGGAGGAACAGAACACAUACGAUACGGCAGAUGAUCGCGGGGUCUGCGCCAGGGCUCUGUAUGACUACCAAGCUGCUGAUGACACAGAGAUCUCGUUCGACCCGGAUGAGAUCAUCACCGGCAUCGAGAUGAUCGAUGAAGGCUGGUGGCGAGGAUACAGUCCGGACGGCCAUUUCGGAAUGUUCCCAGCAAAUUACGUCGAACUCAUCUAACGCAGCUCAGCGUAUCCCCCUCAUCAGAGUCGCAAAUCUCGGUGAUCCAAACGUGUCCGGUGUUUUUGAUUUGAAAAGACUGAAACUAAAAUCAUGGACCAAAAGUGUGAUGAUCACGUGACCGGGGGGGUAUUUAAACUAGAUUGAUAUUUCAUACUGUAUUAGUAGAAGUGUCUUGUUCAUUUGAUUUCAUUUCAAGAUGUUCUAAUUUUAUAAAUCGAUACUCUGAUUUCACGUACGCUGGCAGACGCCCCAGAAGCAGCUGUUCAUGCAGGAACCCUGCGUGGUUAAAUUAGUGCUUGUGGUGACAUUCCUGUGAUCUUUCUAGACUGAACCUUUUCUCAGUGUAUUUGAAGACAUUCCUUUUGAACAUUUCAAGCGUUUGGAUUUCAAUGACACGAUAUCGUUCCGGAGAUGUUUGUAGUAGUCAAAACAUAUCGGUCCCGUUUUGCCUUGGUUUCUGCCUUCUUUUCUCCACAAGCCCGAGCACGACUGCCUUGCUUUCUCGAGGAUCGCAGCGCAGACGUUUUGCUGCGGUUUAGUUUACCGAGGCUGGACUGAAAUCAGGAGAUGAGAUGAGUUUAUUUGCUGUGUUCUAUACGGCACGUGUUUAAAAUCAUGGAUGCAGCUUGAAAAUUAAGGUCGUUAAUUUCCUUUAGAUAGUCGUGAAUGAUUUAAGACCAGUCUGAGUGGGACCUCCGCUUUCCCGUCUGCUCAAAUACGUGGAGAAUAUUAAUACUGUGAUAUUUUUUUUAGGUUUCAGGGAAGCAUCAUUCUUUCAUCUUCUUGCCUUUGGGUCCCAGCGGAGUCUGCAUUGUGUUUAGAUGCCAUACGGAUAUGCCAAGGCUCAAAGAGAAGAUUUAUUUAGACCCUUGCAUUUUUACCAUUAACACACACUUUACUGUCAGUGAUGUGCCAAUACGAGAGUGUGAGAAGUAUUUUUGAGGAAAUGUUUGAGGUUUCAUUUUUAACAAGAACCCAUGUCAUCUCAAAGUCAUUCAACAACGGUGGUGUAGUUCCUCUCAAGAGCUCAUUGUGAAAAUCUAACAAGUCUUGACGACAUUGUAACUUCAUUUAAAAGAAUAAAUAAAGAGUUUUAAAGCUGAA